GUUCUUAAAAUAUUUAAGGACUACUUCUGCACAGCUGGAAGAACUUCUGCUUCUUGUUGGUCCUCAAAUAAAAAAGGAAUAUGUCACACGAGAACCUAUAUGUCCGAAAAUGCGCUUAGUCAUUACUCUUCGUUAUUUGGCAACUGGGGAAUCUCAACAGAGCUUAGGGAUUUGUUACAAGUGUUCGGCUUCUGUCGUUCAUAAUAUUCUUUUCGAAACAACUGAAGUCAUCACUAGAGCUUUUUGGAAAAAGGUUUUUCCAAGUUUGGAAAACACUACUUUCUUAAGAGUAGCAAAGGGCUUCGAAGAUAAGUGGAACUUCCCAAAUUGCAUAGGCGCCCUCGAUGGAAAACAUAUUAUGAUUCAGUCUCCACAACACUCUGGGUCAGAGUUUUUUAACUACAAGAAACACUACUCAAUAGUUUUAAUGGCAUUGUGCGAUGCCGAUUAUGCAUUCUUGAUGUGUGACGUAGGAGCGGCAGGAAGGCAGAGUGAUGGUGGAAUAUUUAAGAACUCUGAGUUCGGAAAAAAGUUUUACUCCAACUCCAUACAGAUUCCGCCGCCCCGAGAUGUUACGGACAAUUUUCAAUGUGUUCCCUACGUCAUUGUAGCCGACGAUGCCUUCACAUUAACAGAAAACAUGUUGAAGCCAUACAGCAAGAGGAACCUUACUGUGGAAGAAAGAAUUUUCAACUAUCGUCUGAGCAGAGCCAGAAGAGUAAUCGAAAACUCUUUCGGAAUUCUUGUUGCGAAAUGGAGGAUUUUCCGUACGUCGAUUAAUGCUGGCUUGAGUCUUAUUGAACAAAUUGUUCAAUGUUGCGUCUGCCUACAUAACUGGCUACGGCACCACAAGGGGAACCAGUAUAUCGAACCUGGUUUAAUCGAUCUGGAUAUUGAAGGCAGAGAAACAAGAGGAAGUUGGAGAUUAGAGUCUACUAAUAUGGAACGUCUUCGCCCACUUACAGGGAACUCAGCAACAGCAGCAAAGCUACUACGAAACAGGUUCGCAAAGCAAUGUGAAAGGAUAUAA